AGAACACAAAGAGCUUCUACACUCCACAGAUAUAGAGAGAGAAACAAAAGUGUUUGUGCUGUGUGAGACAGAAGAGAGAGAAAGUAUUUCUGUGUGUGCUGUCAUUUUGUUCCAAAAGUAUCAUUCAAUUACAACUAGAUUCAGAUUGUUUCCAACUCAAAAGAAAAAAAAACACACAAUCAAAAACAUGGUAUAGACAAACAAAGUUUGAUUCCUUUUCGCUUAUACUUUUUCAGAUAUACAGAUUUUACUUUUUUCCAACCUAUUAAUCCAUGGCUGUUACUCUGAAACCUUCUUGAGGCAUGUCAUCAGUCAUGCAUAUAGGGUGAGAUUUUGAUGGUAAUUUGAUCUUCAAAUAAAGAACUUAGCAUUGAGAGUUCUGAAGAUUGUGGAAGCUUCAUCAUGCAUUGAUCAUGGUGACAUAAACUGAUGCGUUAAUAAAGCUUCUCUCCAACUCAUUGCUAUGGAUAAAAAUUUCAAAAAUUUGGAGUUGUUAUCAAAAGGAUUUGGAAAUUGAAUUUACAGUAAUAAAGUGCAUUAUUUUUACAUGAUGUUUAGUGUUUUCUCAGUACUGUGGCAUUGCAGUAAUUUCCCGCAUUCAACAUUACAAGUGAUGGUUUGAUUACACAAUCAAGAAUGCAGAAACAUCAAUACAAUUCCAUGGAACCUCGGAAGGAGGAAUUCCAUUCUGCACCGCAACCGGUCCUGCAGGACCAUCUGGACGGCAUGCAUGCCAAUACAAGGCCUCCUCCUUCCUUUAACGUGUCGGAAAAUAAACCUGUACAUAAUUUCUCCAUACAGACUGGUGAGGAAUUCGCUCUCGAGUUCAUGAGGGACAGGGUGAAUGUGAAUCUCAAGAAGCCUUCAUUUCCAAAUGUUGUCGGUGAUCCUAAUUACUCGACAGGGUAUAUGGAAUUCAAAGGCAUUUUAGGCCAUAAAGGAUCUGAGAGUGGUUCCGAUAUUGAAAAAGGUCCGAAAGAGUUUGACAGAAGGAAUUCUGCUCUACAUCAGGAAAGAAGUAAUUAUGGCUCGGCUCGAUCAAUUCCUAGAACUUCGUCAAAUCAAGAUAGCAACCGGGUCCUUCACGGUAUUUCUUCUUCUGGAUCUUCUAACAGCUUAUCAACGAGGAUGAAGAUUCUAUGCAGCUUUGGUGGUAGAAUAUUACCGCGGCCAAGUGAUGGAAAGCUUAGAUAUGUUGGAGGUGAAACACGGAUUAUUAGCAUAAGAAAGGACAUAACUUGGCCGGAGCUUAUGCAUAAAAUAUCAUCAAUCUAUAAUGAUACUCGAGUAAUAAAAUAUCAGCUCCCCGGAGAAGAUCUCGAUGCCCUAGUUUCAGUAACGUCUGAUGAGGAUCUGCGGAAUAUGAUGGAGGAAUGUCAUGAUCUACAAAGAAGGAGAGGAUCGUUAAAGCUUCGGAUGUUCCUGUUCUCUAUAUAUGAUUUGGAUGAUACUCAGUUUGGUCUAGGUAGCAUGGAUGGCGGUGAUUCUGAAGUCCAGUAUGUAGUGGCUAUUAAUGGCAUGAACGUGGAAUCAAGAAGCAACUCUAUACUUCGUUGUGCCGGAAGUUCUAAUGAUAUACAGGAAUUAGACCGACAAACUAUUGACAAGGAGACUAAAAGAGCUAUGGUUGAAUCGUAUGGUGUCGGCAGUUCUUCCUUGACUGGAAAUGUUAACCCAGUAUUGACAAUUCCGUCUUCGCAACCAAUGCUACCAACAUCCUCAAAUGCUUAUGAAGCAUAUCCAUUCUUUUACGAGGAUCCGAUCGUUCAACAAGGGGGAACUAGUCAAUAUCCAAUACAUAAUGCCCCCUUUCCUUCUAACAGUUCGGCUCGUAAUCUAGUAGACACUCCGGUUUCUUUGCCUACUUUUGGUGUUGCGAGCCAAGGAAUCGCGAGCCAAGGACAAGCAUCCAGUGAGUUGCAAGUUCAAAGUUCUCUUCCUUCGCGUCCAUUUGAGGGAAGUUUGCAAGGUAAUUUAUCGGAGGCGUCUGUUCCAGUUCCAGCUGCUGUAUCAGAAACAUUUCAUCCUGCACUGCCAUUAGACAACAAGAUUUCGGCUGCUGAAUCUGAAGUGCUGAAUCCUACACAGAUUUCAAGAUCUGGUGAAGAUGACUUCUAUCCUGCAUCCACAGAUGCAUUCAGUCGUGCUCUUGUUGAUGCUGAGUCCAAUAUAAUCGAUUUCAGUUGCCUUGAACCACCUCCACUUCCUAAUAGAGUAUAUUAUUCGGAGAGAAUUAUUCCCAGGGAACAUGCAGAUUUGUUGAACAGGUCUGCAAAGUCAGACGAUGCAUAUGGUUCGCACUUGCUCAUGGCAGAUUUACUUUCUGAUUUGAACCGUAUGAAUUCAGUUAACGAAUCCAGUGACAUGUUUCACAAUGAGAAUCUGUCGAAUUUGAACACGGUGUCCAACUCAUCAUCAGCAAAGCCCUUGCAUACAGAUGGCCAUGCCAUCAGCAACAAACAUUUGCCUGAUGCAGCAACUCAGGUGAACCCAAAGUUAUAUCAGCUUGCGGAUUCUGAUUUGAAGCCGGUAUUGUCAGAUAACAAAAUUUCUGAAAAUGAGACAAAUACCUCAAAAGAUAGCCAUAAAAUUCUCCCAGUUGAUGAAACCAAGGGCACUGAAAGUCUUGCUUUUCGCCGGGUUCCUUCUGUUGAACAUAAUGAGAAUCUAGCAUCUAAAAUUCAAGACCAAAAUUUGUCUGAGGCUCCUACAAGGGAACCUCUUGAUGCUAAAUCCAAACCUUCUCAGGGUGACAUUCUGAUUGAUAUCGAAGACAGGUUUCCCCGUGAUUUCCUUUACGAUAUGUUCUCGAAAGCAAUUCAUUCUGAGGAUUCCGCAAACAUUAGUCCAUUGCCAGCCGAUAGAGCAGGUUUGAGCUUGAAAAUGGACAAUCACGAGCCUAAAAGUUGGUCAUAUUUUCAGAAGUUGGCACAUGAAGGGUUUGAUAAUGUUUCUCUAAUUGAUCAGGAUAAUCUCGGGUAUUCAUCAGCUGUAAGCAAAGUAAAAGAAGGAGAUAGUAAGUUCAAUAUUUCCGCUCCUCCACCAGCAGACGUUAUUGUUUUGACAGGACCCAAGGAAUCCCAUUCCAACAUUAAUUUUGGAGAGGAAAAUCAGAAAAUCUUACCUGUAAGUAGUACUAAACCCGAGGCUAUUGUUUUUCAACCAGAAAACAACCAUUCUGAACUUAAGGCCAAUGAAAAUAAGAACAUGAACGCCGCCCCCGUGGAAAACGUUAGGCCACAGGAGUCUGAAUAUCAAGAUGGCAAUAAUGAGACAAGGGAUGUGGUUGUAGCUCCUCAAGAGAUUAGUUUUGAUGAGUUUGACAUUAGUACUUUGCAGAUCAUAAUGAAUGCGGAUCUUGAAGAGCUGAGAGAACUUGGUUCUGGCACUUUUGGGACUGUGUAUCAUGGAAAAUGGAGAGGAUCAGAUGUUGCAAUUAAAAGAAUAAAGAAGAGUUGUUUCUCUGGUCGGUCUUCAGAACAAGAAAGACUGACGAUAGAGUUCUGGCGGGAAGCUGACAUACUUUCUAAGCUUCAUCAUCCAAAUGUGGUGGCUUUUUAUGGCGUAGUUCAAGAUGGACCAGGAGGAACAAUGGCGACUGUUACGGAGUUCAUGGUGGACGGUUCUCUACGACAUGUUUUGCUACGAAAGGAUAGGUACCUUGAUCGUCGCAAGAGGCUAAUAAUUGCCAUGGAUGCAGCAUUUGGAAUGGAGUAUUUACAUGCAAAAAACAUUGUUCAUUUUGACUUGAAAUGUGACAAUUUGCUUGUGAACUUGAAAGAUCCUUUACGGCCAAUUUGCAAGGUUGGCGAUUUCGGCCUGUCAAAAAUCAAGCGGAAUACCUUAGUGACUGGUGGUGUGCGUGGAACACUACCGUGGAUGGCACCAGAGCUGCUGAAUGGGAGCAGCAAUAAGGUUUCAGAAAAGGUUGAUGUAUUCUCCUUUGGGAUUGUAUUAUGGGAGAUUCUUACCGGUGAGGAACCAUAUGCUAAUAUGCACUAUGGUGCAAUCAUAGGAGGUAUUGUGAACAACACACUAAGACCUACCAUCCCAAGUUUUUGUGAUCUAGAAUGGAGAACACUAAUGGAGCAGUGUUGGGCACCUAACCCUGCAGUCAGGCCAUCAUUUACAGAAAUUGCGCGCCGCUUGCGUGUGAUGUCUGCAGCUUCUAGUCAGACCAAAGGACAAGGACACAAAGCAUCUAAAUGAUAAUCAACAGAUUUGAUCUGAUGCAAACCUAUAUAUAUGUAUUAAAUUUAAAUACAUUCAAUUGAGCUAUAAAAUUGUAUAUGUGUUACAACUAUAUGAAGGACAUUAGUAUCUGUUUGUAUUGUAAUUUCUUGGUCUCUCCACCUGUUGUUUCUGUUGCUGGUUGUAUAGAGUAUAUAUGUCAAUAUGUGUGAUACCAUAUAUUAUAGGAUUGUUCAAACAACAUUUGUACUUGUGAUGUUAAUUCCAAAGUGUGUUUUGUACUGUA